CGGGAAUAUUUUGGUGGUAGACUUACUUAUAUUGUUUUAUCCUGAAGUAUCUAAUUUUUCCCUGGACGGGUUACACUUUUAAUGCCCAAUGAUACCUUUCGCAGGUGAUAGCUCUCCCCGUUUGAACCUUCCCAUUGAGCGCUGACAAUCGAGAGUUUCAAAUCCGGAGAGAAAAGGAGAAGCAUCUGAGCCUGUACCCUCAUCCGACAUCCAGAAACGUCGAGCUGGGAGCCGCAGCCUGGUCGGGAGUCGGGCUGAGCGGAGGAGGGGCUUGUUCUGCCACUUGGCUGUUCCCUGGAUUCUUGUCGCUCGAGACCGAGUUGACGGAUGGAUAGCCCAACGGCUGAGCGCGCGGCCACGCUGCCGUUAUUGACCAAGCUGGCGGCAGAGGAGUGCCCCCGGUUUAUUCACAGAGUAAUUGAUGGUAUUUGUGGACGUGCACUUCCACGAUUCCGCGAUUAUGGAAACAUUUGGAGUCUGAUAGAAUGGAUGGAGGUCCUAGAGGAAGCCACAGCAUUUGUGAAACAUGCCAGUGGAAAGCAUUUACCAGAUGAAGAGAUUCUUCAGCUGUUGGAUGGAUUGAGUGUACCUCAUCAAGAAGCAGUACUCAACUGUUUAAAAACAAGAAAGGAGGAGCUCCAGUCAGCUUUAAUUGAGAAAACAAAUGCUGUGUCAUCUGCUUAUCUACAGGAUUUUGAUUGGCAGCUGAAGUUGCCUCUAUCAAGUGAUAAGAUUGCCUUUCUUCAAACACCACUGCUAAAUCUUGACCUUGAUGUGAAAGAAAAUGGAGUGCUGAAGCCAGUUUCCAUUGAGAUGGACAAAGAAGAACUGCAAACCCUCAUUCACUCUCUGGAAGCAGCAAAUAAGGUUGUUCUACAAAUAAAAUGACUGGAGAUAAUCGGUGCCUUCUGUUUCUGUACAGUUUCCAAAUGGAAACUGAGAACUACUUAUAACUUUUGAGUUGAUACUGAAGCAGUGAGUAAUUGCAUCAUAAGGAGUUUGUGAAUAAAUAAAGUCAAGCCUGAAGCACAACAGAAACUUCAAACUCUUUUUAAAGUGUUUGAUUAACUUCUGACACUCAACAGAGCUAAAGCUAUUGGACUCGCACAGUAUUUGAUUUAAUCACUAGCACCAGUAUUUGAAAUACACGGCACUGAUUUUUUUUUUUGUUUUGAGUGAUGACCUGCAAGUUCUUUACAUGUUUAUUACUUAACUCAAGAGCUUUAUCUGAAGAAUUUUUUUUUAUUUCAAAGAAUAUGCUCUCCCUCACGAUUGUUCAUGUAAAUCUUACAGCUCCAUUUUCUGGAGAGGGAGAAACAAUUGCAAUUACUGUUUCAUCUGUAAUAUUUUAAUGCUUUGCCUAGUAACUUAAUUUAAGUUUGCACAAUUCUGUCAACUAUUUGUAAAUUGAUUAUCUUUUUGAGAAAAGGAUAAUUAUAUCAACAAGAAAAUCAUCUCGCAGUUCUAUGUACACUUCUUGUAAUUUUUUUUUAAACCUACUUAAUUACAUUUUUAUAUCUAAUUAUUGCAUUCAGAUUGCCAGAUGACUUGUCCUUCAAACAUACUGUUGCAGUUUGUAGACUUCAAAGUAACACUAAUACCACAGCGCAGGGUGAUGCAAAUCGCCCCAGUCUGAGAAGUUGUGGCCUGUUGCUGGGCCUAGUCUGUUAGCAAGGUAGUUUGAAGAAAGUGGAACUUUAUGAAGUCCGUGGCCACAAAGAUAUGUCUAAAAACCUGGUAAUUCAAACCUUCAACAUUCCUUUUGUAGUCUGAGGUAAAAAAUGUUAAACAAUCUGAUUUUUUUUUCUGCACUUUUCUGUUAACUUGCUUGCUUGAAGGAUUUUAUUUUGGUGAUCUGCUCUGCUGCAGCAGUUGCUGGUUCCCAUGUUCAGUUCGCCAAAGGAUUCCAAAGUUUCAUCUUACUGAACUACUAUGGUACAAGAAUUCCAAUGUUUAUUUGUUUAGUUCAUGAAACUUUGCUGAAUCCAGACUACUGGAAACAUUUACACAAGUUUCAGUUCAGUCAAGUGUGUGUGAUCAAAAAGAAAAGGGGAUCAUGAAGAAAUGUAAACAAGGGUGCUUGAUAAUUUAAUCUUUUGGAAUGAGAAUAUUUGGAGAAUGUUGCUUCGAUAAUGUUCACGUCGAAAGUUGUCUAUAAUAAAAAGAGACUUGUGAACAAAA